ACGUACGGUAGCAUUCCGGUUGCGGAGCAAAAGUCAAAUGCCGAUUUUUCGCUUGCGGUGAAAUUUGGUUGAGAAAAACAAUAAAGUAGUGUCUAAUUACAAUAAAAACUCAAAAGUUUAUAAGCUAGAGUGCAUGGAAAAGGUGCUACAAUUCCAAUUCUUGAGUGUAUAAACAAUUACGUUGAUAAAACUCUAAUGAAAGUGGUCUUAUUCCGUGCCGCUUAUAAGACUUUUUUUCCCAACCAUCAAUGCCUUGCAAGGUGCUCCGAUUGGAAGGCUCUGGGUGUGUGUGAAAGGAACGCAACUAAUAUAUUUGCACCGAAUGCAUUGAUAUAGAGUGAAAGUGAUAGCAUAUUUUUACCUCUGACUAGACGUUGCAAAUCUUUCAAAAUUAGCAAAAAAAAAAAACAUCGUGUUAAAAAAACACACACACAUAACUGUCAAAUAAACGUCAAUUGCGCGCAUUUGACAUUUUCAACGUUUGCAUUCACCGUCUGAUGUAAAAAACUUUCUGGAAAAAUAAAAAUUUUUCCCAACACCAGCAACAACAAAACAAACGGAAUAUAGUUAAAGUACGAAAAUAAUAAAAAACGCGCAUUAUAACGCAAAUAACCGUGCAUAAAUUAAUAAUAUUUCUGUGAUUACUAGACGCGUUUAGGCGCUAUACAACUUACACCACAUUAACCAACAUUUUCGGUGUUUCGUUAGGAAAGUGCCGUCAUCACGCAAAAUGUUAAUAAAUUUAAGAGUAAAAACGCUCGAUGCCCAAACGCAUGACUUUAAUAUUGACAAUGAGUUGACUAUUCGCGAAUUUAAGGACAAAAUCGCUGAGAAAACCAACAUUUCCGCAGACCAACAGCGUAUCAUUUAUUGUGGUCGUGUUCUUGCCGAUGAGAAACAAUUGAAAGAAUACGAUGUCGAUGGAAAAGUGGUACAUGUGGCUGAGCGUCCGCCGCCGUCACAGCGUGGUCCGUCAACUUCCAAUUCAACCGCAAACGAUACACCAAACACACGUGAGCGUACCAAUCGCGGUGGUAUGCGAAAUUCGCCUUUGUUUAGAGCACUGGAUGGCAUGGUUGUUGGCACGAUGGCAAUACCAAUGAAUCCUGUUCAAAAUAACGGUCAACAGCAGGUGAAUCCUUUUGCGGCUUCAUCUUCCUUUUGUAUGAACCGCAUAACAGUGGCUCGGCACAUGUUGGAUUGUGCAAAUAAUAUCGCCGCCUAUUUGGAAGAUCCGGAGAGGGGUCUCAAUAACACCUCUUUGGAUAUAUUGGCACGCGGUAACUGGACUAUGGAAUCAACUGUGGUGGAGGUCGGUUUCACAGCCGCAGACUUACCACAAAAUCAAAAUAUCGUAGAAAUGGUGCAAGAUGCUGUCUCCGCAGCGUUACGUCGUAACAACAACACAAACGUGACUGUUGUGCAAUUGCCCACAGUGUUUGGUUCCAGUGAGGGUGAAGCCAGCGUUGCGAAUGGUGCUGAAGGCGAAGCAAAUAUGGAUGCAACAGAGAGCGAGUCUGCUGCUGUUAACGUGGAUGGUGAUGUCGAUGCCGAUGCUGCUGCUGCUGCUGUCAUUAUAGAGGAUGUCAUUGAUGAUGCUUACGAAGGUGUGGGUGCUAACAUUAGCGUUGCUUCCGACACUACUGGUACUAGUACCGCAAAUAAUACCACUUCAUCCGCUAACACAACAACUUCAGAUGCAUCAACAACAGACGCAUCAAGUGCAUCUACAACAACGGGCACAAACACCGAGGAGAAUCCUGCACGUCGUCGCACCAAUACACGCGUUUUGGCUGAAGUGGUUGAACAAAUGCGCACUGUACAUACACGUCUCAAUCCAUUCAUACAGCAAUUCUACGAAUUGUUAAAUAAUGAUCCAACGUUCGAGGAAGAAAACACAACCGAACGCGAUAAUGCACAACGCCUUUACAAUCGUGUUUCCGAGGCGCUGCACUAUAUGUCGCAUGCACAGCAUGCUAUAUCCGACUUGAUGUUGGACGUCUCACAGCCAGCACCACGUUUUCUCACUUGUCGCCCCAUAUUGGUGGAGCAAAGCGGUUAUGUUAGUUCCAAUAAUUAUUUACCUGCUGUUGCAGCGGCUGCUGCCGCCGCCGCCACUGGUAAUAAUCAACAACGUCAACGUUCGCGCACUUUUACAUUACCACGUCACAAUCAUCCUGUCACCAUAACAACCAGUUCACCACCGACCACUGCAAGCGGUAAUGCUAACGGUACUGCAGGUAGCAAUGCUGCUGCUGCUGCCGAAGCGGGCAACAAUAGUGGUAGUAGCAAUGCUGGCAGUGGCGCCGCCGUUGGUAGCAGCGCCAAUAAUAAUCGUAAUAGUAACAGCACAACUGCAAGCGCCAGCGCAAGUGGCAGCGGUAGCGGUAGUUCCAUUGAUGAUCCGGUUGAUGAACCGCUGACCAAUCCGAAUGCAACGAGUACAGCGCCAGCAGCGAAUGCGGCCACGCAAAGCAACGAUGGUAGUGCCAUAGAGAUUAUGCUCCAACCGAGACGUGGAUUGUAUUUUGGCAAUAACCCGCAAGUGCAAAUGUCACGUCUGAUUCAGGCUAUGGUGAAUUCUGCGCCCAUCAACACCGAACUGCAUGUGCAAAUCCUACCACCCACCAUACUGAGUGUGCCAGUGAAUGCGCGUGCUGGAAACAAUGGCAAUGGAGAACAGCAACAACAGCGCGCCACCGCCGCCGCAAACGCCACGGCAGCAGCUGCGGCGAACAAUAGCAACAAUAAUGCAAGUGGCAAUGCCACAGGCAGCGGCAGCGGUAGCGGCGCCAACGCCAACAAUAAUCGCAACAGCAACAAUGCAGCACCAGCCGCUGGUGUCGUUUUGACACCUAAUAGCGGUUAUCGCCCGGUUUCCGCUUCCUUGGCAAUUGGCACGUUGCCAACCACAUCCACACAAACGCGUUCAACAUCUCGCCCGCAACUGCAGAUCGGCGGCUUGCCGGCUAACGGUUGGAAUGGUCGCUUUAUACCAGCCAAUAUGAUGUCCUCAUUCGAUCGUUUCCUUCCGUGCAAUAGUCACCACAUUCGGGAGCCGGAGAAUGGCAAUAACGGCAAUGCAGCUAACGCCAGGGCCCCGACGAAUGCAAACGCCAACGCCUCCAAUGCGAAUGCUGCCAGCAUCAAUAAUGCAACGCCACAGAUAAUAACCACGAAUUCGCCUAAUCCACGCUCUAUACGCGCAUUUGCUAAUCUUCUGCCGAAUGUACAUGCCACGCCCAUAGUAGGCGCUGCGCCUUCAGCCACUGCGCGCACCAAUGCAGCCCCACCGCCACCGUCAAUGCGUCCAGCCACACCUUUGUUCUCGUUCCGCAACUUAAUAUCUGCACGAAAUCGGAAUGCAGCAGCAGCAGCAACAGCUGCGCCAUCGACAUGGGGCAACUUUACAACUGCCACCAACUCUCCCGCCGCCGCCGCCGCCGCCGCCGAUUCCCCCGAUUCUCCCACUUCUCUCGAAUUCCCCACUUCCCCCACUUCUCCCACUACCCCCGUUUUCAACUUCCCAUCCAUCAUUGCUGCUCCCCCGGAGAACUACCGUCGGAAUUUGCGCGAACAGCUCUUGACUUUCGUGAAUCAGCACAUUUUCGCCGGUGGUCCAGUCAACGAGGAGACUGUGCCACCGGCGGUUAAUCGCGUCGUCGGCUGGUUUGGUGAAUCACUGGAAUUGUUGCCGCAAUACGAGAAGCCCGAGUAUGACUCACGUCAUUCGGUCGUGAAUAUUUUGCGUCACAUGUUGCCGCUAUUCAUCGAAGUCGUGCGCGACGAGCAGAGUAAUCUGGCCGCGUUCGAGCAGCGCAUCAAACGCGUUUGCGAUGACUUUGUCAAGCGUCUGUACAGCGUGUUGUAUGUGUGUGUGGGCCGCAAUAAUGCAGAACAAUAUUGGGUACAAUUGAGGCGUUUGCUCUUGGUGCCGACACGUUCGUAUUUCCGCGGUGAAGCACUACAUUUCUUAAACAGGUAUCUUCACAUUAAUCCAUCCACCACGGACACGGUUGAUGCACAACAAUUUAUUGUACACAGAGAUGUACCCAGUGUGGCGGAGAAAGAUGCACCGCUGGAAACUGAUGUGGAAAUGAUCGAUGUGGCGUCUACAUCCGAAGCAAACCCGCGUAGUAAAUUCUCAAUAGACAUCGACGACAACGACGACGACGACGAUGUAGAACCCGAAUUUACGCUUCCCGAACCAUUACCCCACGUAAGCGCCGGCUCAGAGCCGUGGCAUAGAAAUUUCCCCAUUGACUGGUUGCCGAUCAUAAGACAUGAUCUCGGUACACAAAGUGUAAAUCCGCCAAAUCAGACACCAUUCUCGGAUGCGUACAUAUCAGGAAUGUCGGCCAAACGAAGGAAAAUGAUACAGAACAAUAAACCGCCAGCCGAUAUUAACUCACUUAUCGCACGCAGCGUACGCAAAGCCAUACAGACGGUGGGACCACGUGCGUCCACGACAGCCGCCGCGGAAUCGCUCACAGCCGAGGAGAUCACAGAGGCGAUCGCCAACGAUGCGACGGUGAACACUUCGUUUAGGGAGGCGGUGCGCACAAAUGUGCGCGAACGCUUGCAGAAAGACAACAAUUUCAAAGCUGAUAAAUUUCCGCAUACCGCAAAGUUCAUUAACAAAUAGAAAUCAUAGUUGGGUGCUGCGUAGGUAAUGAGCAUAUAUACAGUUAUACUAUAUUUAAACAAGCAAAGCCGUUGUAGACGAAGAAGACGAAAAAAAAGUCGAAGAAAAGGUGGUGAGAAGGAAGGCAUGGAAGAACAUUAGCAUGUAUACGCGAAUUGCAACUAAACUCAAACGAAACUAAGUUAUAUAAUAAAUAUUGAUGAAAGAGAGAGGCGUGAAAUGUUGAAGCAAUUAAUGUGCAGUUGCUGGUACUUGUUAUACAAACAAACAAAAAAAAAAACAAAACAAAAACAAAAAACGUAAACAAAAAAAAAUUAUUUGAUUAUAUGUAACUAUAUUUUAUUUUUAUCAUUUUUUAAUUAAGUUUAUGCUUUUUCUUAUUGAUAACGUAUGCAUUGAGCGAAACAGGUGGAAAAAGAGAACAACCCUAGUGGAAAACAAAACAAACAAAAAAAUACAAAAUACUAAUUAAAAACAAACCAAUUGUACUUUAUACGAUAUUAAUACAUACAUAUAUAAAAUUAUAUUAAAAGAAGAAGAGAAAAGAAAAUCAUAAAUUGAAACAUUAAAAAAAAAGAUGUCACGCAUAUUGAGUACUAAGUUUAAUUAAGACAGCCAACCCACAUCUAGAGAAAGCAAAACAGACGCAUAACAAACAACUAUAACAAGUUUCACACAUUUAUGUAUAGUGCAUAUAAAGAAUAAGGCAAAUAAAAUAUAAUCCAAUGCACUUGUAUGUGCGAAUAAA